AUGGCGUGUCAUGGCGAGAUUCAAGCAGCCACAAAUAAUUUUCAUGAGAUUCAGGGGAUUGGGCUCCGUGGUAAUAUCGAAGCGUAUAGAGGCCACAUCAGCCGCGGGAAUUUUGAUGUGGCAAUUAAAAGGUGGAAAGAAGGAACAUCAAGAAAGAGGAACUUGGACCAAUUUAGGGCUGAGAUCCAGGUGCACUUGUACCUCCGUCACCUCCACAUUGUUUCUUUAAUUGGAUACUGCAUUGAUAAGCAUGAGGUGAUCCUUGUGUACGAGUAUAUGGUCCAUGGGUCUCUUUACAAUCACCUCAAUGAAACCAACACGUAUUCACUUAACUGGGAAAAGCGACUUGAGAUUUGCAUUGGUGUUGCAUGA